AUGAGGUGUGAUAACUAUUGCACAAGAUGCGGAGAACCUGAUGAAUCAGUAACCCAUGCCAUUUUUGAGUGUCCACCAGCUAUGCAGGCCUUGUCAUUAUCAUCAACUCCAACAAGUCCAAAUUUGUUCCCAGUAUCAAGAGUCUACACAAACAUGGAUUACCUAUUCUGGAGGAAAAACAACAUCAUUGAGCCAGAACAAGACAGAGAUCCUUAUCCCUGGAUAAUCUGGUAUAUCUGGAAGGCUAGGAAUGACAAGCUCUUCAGGGGGAUAGACAGAGACCCAUUAGAGCUGGUUAGAUAUGCAGAAAGUGAAUGUCAAGCCUGGUUUGAUGCGAAUGAAGUGCCACAACCAGUGAUACAUGAAAACAAUACUGAGGAACCCCAAGUCUUAAGCUUGAGUAAUAUCUGCCUGUUAGAUGGAUCUUGGACAUCUGCUGCUCACUUUAGUGGAUGUGGAUGA